AUGAACAUGCAAUUAGGAUCGAAGAUGAUGAGUUACAGCACGGAGUUUAGAAAUCACGAAGAUGAUGCUUGGUAUACAGUCAUGGUAACUCUCGAAGAAAAGGAAAAACUUAGAGUAACAUACGAAAAAUUCACGGAUGAAGUCGAUCAAUUUUUCUUACCAUCAUUUUUCGAUUCCUUGGAAGAUCUUCUAGAGUUCGAGAAACGAUUCAGACCUCUCUCCAUUCAGGUUCAGGAUCACGAGUGUCGGAAACUCGUUCCAGGUGUUAAGGUCUGUGCCUCUCAGCAUUUCAUCCCCGACGACCUUCGUUUCUAUGACGCCACUGUUGAAGCGGUUGAAGAACGUCCGCAUUCUCGUAAAAAAAAUGAAGAGUGUAAUUGUACGUUUAUACUUUUCUGGAUACAUGGGCCAAAUGCUGGAAACAUGACGGCGGCAGAUAUUGGCGAUAUUUGCACUGUGCAACCUAUAAUUGAGGUUGAUCCAGCUGUGGCUUCUUUCCUGGAGAUUGUCAAGAAGAGGAUAGCAUCGAAAUCUGGACAAGAAUUGGUAGCGAACUGCAACAAAGGAAUAGAAAAUAAGAACAAACUAAGUCUUUUUGAACGAAUGCAAAAGGGAAGGCGACGUGCCAAACGAUCUGUUUUGGGUGACGGUUCUACUAAAGUUGGGCUUGAUGAAAAUAUGGAAGAUAUCGAGUUGGAAGGUAAAAGAAACGUGUGUAUGAUAUUGAUGGGAAAUCUUGAUAAAGAAUUAUGUCCAUCAACAGCGGUAGAGUUCUUACAUAAACAUACUCAAGUAUUUGCUAGUGUCUUCAUUUUUUCAAGUUUAUCAUCAGAGAUAUACACCAGGGGUGCCAUUAUGUCGCAAACCGAACAAGAUUUCCAGAAACUCUGUGAUUUUUUGACAAAUCCCAACCACAUCAUAACAUCUUCAACUGGCAGGCCAUGGACGAUAAUUGAAAAACAAGUGGGUCUAAAAAACAUCAAAGCAUCUAUAGGAAUAUUGGUUCCUGGAUCUGAGGAUGUAGCACAGGAUGGAAAGAAUAGAACUAGCAACAAUUUGAAGGUUGUAUAUUCAGGAACUCAAGAAUUCAAGAGAGCUAGUGCUAUGAGGGAAUUGUUUUUAGAAUUUUCUGAUCACCAAGUACGGCUGCACAAGAAACUUGCUUUUUUGGAGGGGGAGUGUAUUUGA